AGGCGUGUUCGAGAAAAGAUGUUCGUUGUUUCCUUUGCUGGCACUUUACCACGACGCGGAACCUAGCACAACCAUUCUUCCUUUUUUGAGAACACUGGGUGCUCUACGGUACUUCUUCUCAUUCGAGAGUUUUUCACAAUCUUCAGGUGAGACAACAAGAACGCACAAGCAACAAACGCAAUCGGCUCGUUAAUACUACUAUUAAUUACAUCAUCACAAGAACAAUAUUCGUCACUCGCCUUGCACCAAAACACUCGCAGCAUUAAAGGAAGAAAGACGCAUUCUUUUUUCUAAUUUGUAACGUGUCUGACAUGCAACUGCCGUCGACGUCUCACAACAACAGCAACAACAGCAACAGCAUCAACAACAGCAACAGCAUCAACAACGGCAACAGCAACAACGGCAUCCACUCCAGCAUGUCGCCCCAAGUUUCAUCGCUCUCGUCUCUUUCCGCGAUGCAAAACUCUCUCCAGCCGCAUUACCUGAACUCUCUGCAGGUGCAGUGGGAAGCCCAGCAGCAGCAGCAGCAGCAACAACAACAACAAAAACAGCAAACCAGGAUACCAACGCCUACCCACAGCCUGGGCUCCUCGGCAACGCCCUCCACGGUUUCUGCCUCUGCUUCUACCUCUGCGUCUUCCAAGUCCUCCGCCUCCCCCAAGACGCUCCCCACGCAGUCCCAGAUCUCCGCGCUCUCGUCCAUGACCAUGGCGGCCAAGAACAAGAACCACCCCUCCCUCCGCGGAAGCAAGCGCGGUGCCAACACGGACGGCCCCACCCCCGAGGUCGCCCAGCAGCUCCGGUUUCCCUGGAAGCUCCACCUGCUCCUCGAGCGCUGCGAGUACGAGCACGAGCAACGGAUAGCGAACGAGGGACAGAACAGCCUCACCUACAGAGACAUGCCCAUUUCCUGGCUGCCGGACGGAAAGUCCUUCAAGGUGCACGACAAGGAGCGCUUUGUCAAGGAGAUCAUGCCCUCCUUCUUUGGGACACAGUCCUUCAAGACCUUUCAGAGGAAUCUGAACCUGUGGUGAGUUGAGUGCAGCUUGUUUUUUCCAAUGCCCUUGUGCAAGGACGCAAUUGUGGCGCUUUGUCUUUUGUUUUUUCUUCACCCAAAACUCACCAACCAUGCUGUUUGUGUGUGUAUGCAUAUAUAUAUAUAUAUGUGUGUGUGUGUGUUUCUCUUCUCUUCUCCUCUAAUUCGUUUCACAAACCCCAACAGGGGAUUCACCCGGGUGUCGAAGGGACCCCACAAGGACGUGUGCUCCCACCCGUUGUUCCUCAAGGGCUUCCCCGCGGUCUGCCAGAGCAUGAAGCGAAUCGUCCUCAAGGGCACCGGCCGCGGAAACCGGGCCCCCCUCGGAGGCGUCGACGUCUCGAGCGUCCAGGCCGUGGUGGCCGCCGCCGCCAUGCAGCAGGCCGCCCAGCAGCAGCAACAACAACAGCAACAAGCCAGCGGUGCCGGCCAGGCACUCGCGGGGAUCAACCAGAUUCCCCAGCACAUCCAGGCGCAGCAAAUACUCCAGCAGCAGGCCAUUCAGGCGCAGCACAAAAAGAACACCGCGGACGUGACCAACGCCGUCACCCACCUCCACCACAAGAAAUCCUCCCAGCAGCUCCCGAUGCAGCCGGCCCAGAACCAGCAGCAACACCAACACCAACCCCAGCAGCAGUUUGUCAUCAAGGACGGAACGAUCCAGGCCGCACCCGCACCCUCGCAGCAAAAACUUCUGGUCCUUCCAACGGCGGCCGGGCCAAUUUCGGCCACCGCCAAGCCCACCAUUCUGUGGCCCAACACCGCCAACGCCAACGGAGGCGUGGUCCAGCAGCAGCAACAACAACAACAAACGCUCGACCCCAACGCGAAUUUCCAGAACAGCCUCCAGCAACUGAGUGCGAUCCUCCAGCAGCUGAACGGAUGCAACGCCCUGUCCACCGCGGCCGUAAACCCGAGCAGCAGCAGCAACAACAACAACAACAACCUCCAGCAGCUGCAGCAAUCCGUUCAGAUGAUGCAGCAGCAGCAACAACAGCAGCUGCAGCCGUCUCCGUUUGCGCCGAACUACCAGCAGCAGUUUCAACCGCACUCGGUUCAGGUGCAAACGGGGGCACCGGCGGUGAACAACCCGGUGGUGGCACCCUCCCCGAUCGGUACCCAGGACCUCAUUACCAUGUUGCUGCAGGGAAACCUCCAGCAGCAGCAACAACAACAACAAACACAAACACAACUUCAAACACAGCAACAGGUGGCACAGCCAGCGACCGGUCCGCAGCAGCAGCAGCAGCAACCACCCAUUCAGUUGCAGCUCCCGACCUCUCUCUUUCCGAACGGACAGUACGUUCCGCAACAGCAACCACCACAACAACAACAGACGCUCGUGGUGAACCAGUUUGCCGCAGCCCCCGCCGAUUUCCAGCAGCAGCAGCAGCAACAUGCCCAGAUGGCGACAGCGACCCCCACCGGCAUGUUUCAGCAGCAGCAGCAGGUUGGUCCGGUGAAUCCGUCGCCUUCCGGCUUUGUGUCCACCGCCGACGGCACCAACGGUCACGCACAGCAGCAGCAACAGCAACAGCAACAGAACCAGCUGUUGCAAAUCCUCCUCAUGCAGCAACAAAACGGAUUGGCGAUGACACCGUCGUCCUCGUAAACACAAAACGAUUUUGCGAAACGAUCGACUAUACGUACCAU